AUGGGUUGUGAUUCCAGAGGACAGGCUACCAAAGCCAGGUUUUUGUAUGGAGAGAACAUACCACCACAAGAUGCCGAAAUAAGUCAUCGAAAUCCCCUGAAACAAACUAACAAAACUAAACGGUCGUGCCCAUUUGGAAGAGUCCCAGUUAACCUGCUAAAUAGCCCAGAUUGUCAUGUGAAGACAGAUGGUUCUGCUGUGCCAACUUUUACAAAAAGAGUGUUGGGGGAUCAGCCCCUCCUCUGCUGCCCAGCAGAGCAGGCAGUUAGUGGGGAGGGGAGGGAACAUGGAGCGGGGGCGGUGGUGGGGGCUAGGGCCCAAAUCCAGGCACUGCUGGGUUGCCUGGUCAAGGUGCUGCUCUGGGUGGCCUCUGCCUUGCUGUAUUUUGGAAGUGAACAGGCUGCCCGCCUCCUGGGCAGCCCCUGCUUACGGCGCCUCUACCAUGCCUGGUUGGCAGCUGUGGUCAUCUUCGGAUCCCUUCUGCAGUUCCAUGUCAACUCUCGGACUAUCUUCGCUAGCCACGGCAACUUCUUCAACAUAAAGUUUGUGAAUUCCGCAUGGGGCUGGACCUGCACCUCUGGGGGCUUUGUGUUGCUGGUGGUGUUCCUGGCUACACGGCGCGUGGCAGUGACCGCCAGACACCUGAGCCGACUGGUGGUGGGGGCAGUGUGGCGAGGGGCCGGCCAGGCCUUCUUCCUCAUUGAGGACCUGACUGGUUCUUGCUUUGAGCCUCUACCCCAGGGCCUGCUGCUCCAUGAGCUGCCUGACCGCCGCAGCUGUCUGGCUGCUGGCCACCAGUGGCGGGGCUACACAGUCUCCUCCCACACCUUCCUGCUCACCUUCUGCUGCCUGCUCAUGGCCGAAGAAGCAGCAGUGUUCGCCAAGUACCUGGCCCAUGGGCUGCCGGCUGGCACACCCCUGCGCCUUGUCUUCCUGCUCAAUGUGCUGCUGCUGGGCCUCUGGAACUUCUUGCUGCUCUGUACUGUCGUCUGUUUCCACCAGUACACUCACAAGGUGGUGGGUGCUGCAGUGGGCACCUUUGCUUGGUUCCUCACCUAUGGCAGCUGGUAUCAUCAGCCCUGGUCACCAGGGAGCCCAGGUCAUGGGCUCUUCCCCCACCCCCACUCCAGCCGCAAGCAUAACUGAAAGAAAUAAAGGCACAUCAGGCCUGGCUCUGGCUCCUGUCAUCAUUUAUUUGGGGCCUGGAAAGAGUGGGUAGGGUAAGAAUAAGGUCUAGUGCCGGGCCACAGUGGUUCACCUCUGUAAUCCUACCUACUCAGGAGGCAGAGACCAGGAGGACUGUGGUUUGAAGCCAGCCUAGGCAAAUAGUUCUCCAGACCUUAUUGAAAA